AUGAUCGAGUCGGGCAGAAGGUUGCGACCACUUCUCGGGCCGGCCGCUCAUCCAGUCUCGGACCACACCAACGCCAUGAUUCUCGGACGGGCUACUAUUCGCGCAUUCAGCCGAGUUCCACUGUUCAUAGAGCGCUAUUCUGACUUGGCUGACAAUUCUUCCAAGGUCGGGGUACACAUCAUAAUCGGAAACAGCUGGUCGGUCAUACGAUCAGGCGCUCUGGGCUGCGCCUUUGUGGUUACGACGGCGGCGGCCAUGGUCCACAGCAACAUCGAUGCGGCGACGGCUGGAUUCACCAUUACCUUGGCUCUUCAGAUGAAAAGCACCCUGUCCAAGCUCUUGGGCCAGGUUUCUACAAUUCGCAUGGGCAUCACGGCCGCCUACCGGGUGAUUGCCGUGACAGAGGUGCCGACGGAGCCAGGCACGGGAAGACGUGUCGCGGACUGGCCCUCUCAGGGGACUCGCAUCGGCAUCGUUGGACGGACCGGUGCUGGAAAGUCUAGUCUCACCAAUGCGCUCUUGCGAUUUGUCCCCGUCACAGGCGGACGGAUCCUCAUUGACGGCGUGAACAUUGCCGAAGUCUACUUGCAUCAGCUCCGCAGCACCGUCAGGCUCAUUCCCCAGGACCCCGUGCUUUUUUCCGGCACGCUCCGCGCCAACAUUGAUCCCUUCACGGAGAAGACGGACGCGCAGGUCCAGUCCGUCCUGGAACGCGUGCGCCUCGUCCAUGCCAAUCAGACGUCCGAGAAGUCGGCGCCAGCGCUUAGCCUGAAGACGAACAUCGAGUCCGGCGGCAACAGUCUGUCGCACGGCCAGCGCCAGCUGGUCUGCCUCGCGCGCGCCAUCCUGGCGCGGUGCCGCGUGCUCGUCCUCGACGAGGCCACGAGCGGGAUGGACGAGGCCACCGACGAGGCCAUACAGGAAAUCAUCGGCGAGGAUUUCGGCGACGCGACGGUGAUUGUCGUCGCGCACAAGCUGCUGACGGUGGCCGGCUUCGACAAGAUCGUGGUCAUGAGCGAGGGCCGAGUGGUCGAGUCGAGGUCUCCGGCGGAGCUGCUAGAAAAGAAGUGCCUUUUUUGGGAGAUGGUGACUUAUGAUUUGAUAUCUGACCAGACCGAUGCGAGCACGAAAUUUCGAUUAGCUGUCAAGGACAACAUUGCCACGGCCGGCCUUCCGACGCAAUGCGCCUCCAGCAUACUCGCCGCGCACGCAUCACCCUUUGAGGCGACCAUUGUGAGGCAGCUCCGCGAUCGAGGCGCCCGCGUCGUCGGCAAGACCAAUAUGGACGAGUUCGGCAUGGGUUCGCACUCAAUGAACUCGAUCCACGGCGCGGUCCGCAACCCACUCUCGGAGGAGGGCGAGCCGCUCUCUGCCGGGGGCAGCUCUGGCGGCAGCGCCGUCGCGGUGCGGCUUGGCGACGCGGACGUCGCGCUGGGCACGGACACGGGCGGCUCCGUCCGACUGCCAGCCGCCUACACGGGCGUGGUUGGUUACAAGCCCAGCUACGGCAUGCUGUCCAGGUUCGGCGUGGUGCCGUACGCCAACUCGCUCGACACCGUCGGGCUCCUGGCUAAGGAUGUGCUGACGAUUCAAGGCGUCGUGUUCGCUACGAACCUCUACACGGAGCAUGACCCGAACGAUCCUACGUCGCUGAGCGCAGAGACGCGGCGACGAUGCGCCGAGGUGUCGCCCUCGCAGCUGCCGCCGCUGCGAGACAUUACAAUCGGCAUCCCGACCGAAUACAACAUCGAAGAGCUUGAACCUGCGGUCCGCGAAGCUUGGGCAUCCACGGCUGCCAAGUUGGAAGCGCAAGGCGUCCGGAUCGUCUCCGUGUCGCUGCCCUCCACGAAAGAAGCCCUCUGCGCUUACUACGUGCUCGCGCCGGCCGAGGCGACCUCGAACCUGGCCAAGUACGACGGCGUGCGGUACGGCGUGCGCGGCGGCGACGGGGACGCCGCGGGCGACACGCUCUACUCCGAGGCGCGCGGCGCCGGCUUCGGCGCGGAGGUGCGGCGGCGCAUCCUGCUCGGCACCUACAGCCUAAGCUCCGAGGCGAUCGACAACUACUUCCUGCAGGCGCAGCGGGUGCGCCGGCGCGUGCGGCAAGACUUUGACGAGGUGUUUCGCGCGGAGAACCCGCUGUGCGAGCCGCGCCAGUUUGACCUCUGCGAGAUGCCGGAGGAGCUGGCUCUGGCGGACAAGCAGGGGCCGGCGCAGGUGGACUUUUUGCUCUGCCCGACGGCACCGUCGCUGCCGCCGGCGCUGAGGGAGCUGGAGACGAGGAACAGCGUCGACGCGUACACGAGUGAUGUCUUUACGGUGCCGGCUAGCUUGGCGGGGCUGCCAGCGGUCAGCGUGCCGGUGUGGCCGGAGGAGAAUCGCUUCCCAGUGGGCAUGCAGCUGAUUGCGCAGUACUGGGAUGAUCAGAGGUUAUUACACAUGGCAGCCAAGUUGCAAGAGGCGAUGAGCUCAUGA